CUUUAUUUUUGUGAGUAACUUAAUUUCAGGUGGCCAACUGCACUUCUCCUGAAUACAAGAUAGAUUUUGGUUCAUCAUCCAAAUGCAACAGCAGGAUGCAGGCAGUCCGACCAUCUAUCACAAGCAAUCCUCGUGAGGAGAGGAUUGUAAAUCGACCCCCUGAGAAGAGGCAGCGAGUACCUUCUGCAUAUAACCAGUUCAUAAAAGAGGAAAUUCAGAGGAUCAAGGCUAAUAAUCCUGAUAUCACUCAUAGGGAAGCAUUUAGUACUGCAGCAAAAAAUUGGGCACACUUCCCUCACAUUCACUUUGGGCUCACACUGGAGACCAAGAAUCAAGCUAAACUUGGUGCUAGUGAGAAUGCAGAAAAGCAUAUAAUGCAUAGGGCUGCAUUGCCAAAUUUAAAGAACUUCACCUUCUGAGAUUGAGAUUCUACUAUAUGUUGAAUUGAAGACAAGUUAGAACUCAAGGUGUUCUAGCGUGUGAGUAUUAAUCAAUAUGAGACCCUUUUAUUGUUCUAUUUGUUGCUUAUAUAUUUUAUAAUUUGUAACUUUCUUUAAUGUCUACAUUGUUUUUCCUUAAUGAGAAACUUUUCAAUUAACCUUUUGUAUUUGAUAUUAUUGUUAGAAUAUACUAUAAGCCAUGCGUAUUGUUAUAGUAUUCUUUAUGAACAAUUAUUUAUUUACU